CUUUGUAAGGACAGAGGCGGUGCAUCCAUUUGGAGGAGAAAUGAAGUGCUGAUUACAACAAGACGGACGCAAAAACGUUGGAAACAAGAUAUCAUCAAGAUGUCCAGCCAUCUCCAAUUUACAGAGCAAAAACCACCUCCAAUUCCAUUCUUGUCCAAUCCCUUUUCCUUAUCCUUUCUUUCCAUAUUCUUCAUAUUCCUUGUUAUCAAAUGGCUCCAUCUCACUCCUACAACUCGCAGCAAAAACCGACCACCAUCGCCCCCGAAGCUCCCCAUCAUCGGAAAUUUCCACCAGAUCGGCUCGCUGCCGCACCGUUCACUCCAAUCCUUGGCCGCCAAACACGGGCCCAUCUUGCAGCUUCAGCUGGGUAGUGUUCGAACUCUGGUCAUUUCAUCGGCCGAUGCAGCCUGCGAGGUCAUGAAAACCCACGAUCUCGUCUUCUCAGACAGGCACCUCACUCCGACUAUUAAGAAACUCAUGUACGACGCGAAAGAUGUCUCCGUGGCGCCCUACGGUGAAUUCUGGAGGCAGCUGAAGAGCGUUUACGUGCUCCAGCUUCUGAGUAGAAAGAGAGUCGAGUCGUUCCACAGAGUGAGGGCGGAAGAAGUGGCCCUCAUGGUGGAGAAUAUCAGGCGGUCGUCUUCUAAUUCCUCGCUGCCUGUGAAUCUAAGCGAGCUGUUCGUUUCGCUUACGAAUGAUGUGAUAAGCAGGGCGGCUUUCGGGAGGAAGUACGGCGAGGGAGAAGGCGGCGAGAAACUCAAGCGGCUGUUGAAGGAGUUUCUGGAGCUGCUGGGCCGGAUCAAUAUCGGGGACUGGUUUCUGUGGCUUCGAUGGGUUGGUCGAAUCAAUGGGGUCGACGCUGAAGUGGAGAGGGUGGCCAAAGAGCUGGAUGAGAUCCUGGAGAGUGUAAUCGAAGAGCGUACGAGGUUGAGAAAAGAGAUCCAUGGGAGAGAUGAUGAAAGUGAAGGAUCGGAUGAUUUUCUUGAUAUUUUGCUUGGGAUAUACACCGAAGAAAACGCCAGCAUAUCUAUUGAUAGAGAUAGCAUCAAAUCUCUUAUCUUGACGACCUUCGCAGCCGGAACUGAUACUACAUCUGCGUUCCUGGAGUGGGCAAUGACGGAACUCUUAAGAAACCCUAGAGUCAUGAAAAAGGUGCAGACGGAAGUGAGGGAGGUUCUCAAGGGCACGCCGGAGAUAACCAACGAUGAUUUGGAGAAAAUGGUUUAUUUAAAAGCUAUGAUCAAAGAAACUCUCCGUUGUCAUCCUCCGAUUCCACUACUGGUCGCGAGGGAAGCAAGAGAAAACGUCAAAUUGAUGGGCUAUGACAUCGAUGCCGGGACGACGGUCAUCACCAACGCCUGGGCUAUAGGACGAGACCCAACUCUGUGGGACGAACCGGAGGAGUUCCGGCCGGAGAGGUUCGAAAAUUCUGAUAUUGAUUUCAGGGGGUACGACUUCCAGCUGAUACCGUUCGGGGCAGGCCGCAGGGGCUGCCCGGGAAUAUCGUUUGCGAUGGUUGUUAACGAGCUUGUGUUGGCAAAUUUGGUGCAUAAGUUUGAAUGGGAACUGCCUGGUGAAGCCAAGGCAGAGGAACUGGACAUGGCUGAAUGCCCUGGCGUCGCCAUCCACAGAAGAAAUCCUCUUCUUGCUGUUGCCAUUCCAUGGCCGUGCCAAGUUUAGCAAGGAGCGUCUUGAAGGUCAAUACAUCUAUUCUUAGCUUUCCGCUCUUUCAUGAGGCUUAUUUUCAAGAUUGGUACUGUGUCAUAAUUAUCUCCUUAACUGCGUUCAAUGUUUUAUGUGAUCUGAAAAACUUUUUUCUUUGGUCUUAUUUUUGGAAAAUGCUACACCAAUCGAGAGUUAGACAAUGGGAAAUUCUAUUUACAACCA